AUGCCUCGCGCUUCUACCUCAACCCGUGGCGCUGCCGAACGCGCCCCUGCGCGCGGCGCUUGGAUUACCAAGACGCAGGCGUAUGACCGCUACUCUCUCGGCCCUUCGGACCUCGACAACAUCCUACCCGUCAGCGUUGAGCGCAACAGUAGUGGCAAUGGUUAUAUUCACAAGUACAACGAAUGCGACGUUCGGCUCCUCCGUGCCAAGAUUGUCGAUAUGGUGGCGACAUUGCAAGUUGGGGCGCCUGAGGGAGAUACUGUGCCCGUGAAUGGUAAAACGAUCGUACGGACGCAGGCUAAGAGGGAUUAUAAGCUUGACGAUAACCAGAUGGACCGCAUUCGACCGCGCCGUAUUCAGCCCAACCCCCACCGCUCGAGCGCUUCUCCAAUGCGGAUAUACAACGUCUGUGAUGUGCAAGCACUCGCGGACGGUAUUGCCAGUCUCAAGGAUCGACCUGCUCCUGCGGACGCGCUCGCGGCGCACAAUGCCAUCCCAUACGGAAGCCCUUAG